AUGUCUUUGCAAAUCGAAGAACAAUAUGUUGAGUCUCUCUCCUCCAUGGGACACAAACUAAGUGUCAAGAACUUCAUUUGGUCCAAAGAAGAAUGGCCAUCAAUAAAUCAUGAUGAGUUUACAGAUGCGCACGACAUUCCUGUCAUAAGUCUCCAAGAGAUUUCGGAUGUGAGAAGAAACCCUAAUUAUGAGAAAGUCUGCGAGGACAUGGUGAGUGCUUGUCACAAAUGGGGGUUUUUCAAGUUAGUGGAUCAUGGGGUUGCUCUAGAGAUUGUAAAGAGAUUCAAAGGGAGUAUGAAUGAUCUAUUUGAUCUUCCAAUGGAGCAGAAGCUGAAGGGUGCUAGAUCAACUAGUUUACCUCUGGGCUACUGUGCAACAAAUCCUGAUUAUGGGAAGAAUUUACCUUGGGCAGAGAUCUUACAGUUGCUCCAGUCACCACAAAUGGUGGUUGCAUUUGCAACAAAGGUUUUUGGUGAUCAACAUCAGCCAUUUAGUGAUGCGAUGAUUGAUUAUCUAAAUGCAUUGGAUAAUCUGGGAAUGACCAUAUUGGAAAUGCUAGCUCAUGGAUUGGGUCUUCCAGACAACUUUUUCACAAAGAACUUUGAAGCAAAAGAGGCUACAAUGAUCAGAGUCAACAGAUAUCCUCCUUGUCCUCUCCCAGAAAAAUGUCUUGGGCUGGGAAGCCAUUCAGACCCUCAUACCUUAACCAUAUUGUUACAAGAUGAUGUUGGUGGUCUUCAAGUUCAUAUGAAUGACAACAAAUGGAUUGGCAUCCGUCCUGUUCCAAAUUCUUUCAUCAUCAACAUUGGUGACACUCUUGAGGCUUGGACUAAUGGGAGGUUGAAGAGUGUAGUGCAUAGAGCAGUUGUGAACAAGGAGAAGAAUAGGCUAUCAGCAGCCUAUUUCAUGAGCCCCUCUGAUUCUGCCACAAUUGAGAGCCCUCCUGAGCUCAUGAACCCAAUAAUCAACCCUAGAAAGUACGAGUCAUUCACUUGGGGAGACUUCAAAAAGCAACUUUUGGUUCAAAAAAGGGUUGUUGGUAAAACGGCCCUUGCAAGAUAUCUAAUUCCAAACUGA